AUGCGUGAUCGUCACAAACAACUGAUUCAUCCCGCUCGCCUACCAACUUUCUUGUGGCUCAAGUCCGCUGCUUGUAUCCCAACCCAACGACAACUUUCACCACCUCCAACUUCGUUUUGCCCCCUUACCAGCAAGUCUUUUGUUUUGUUUCAGAAGUAUUUUACAGAGGUUCUUUUCGAUCGAGUCGGAUGCGAUCAAGCUCGUCCAAGAUCCAGCUGA